AUGGGCGAAAGUGCCGCCACCACAUUCGCUUCCAUCGUCGUCCUCGCGCUCGGAUUUGCCGCUGCUGGAUUCAUCUACCACAAGAGCUACAAGAUGAUUGUCCUCAAGAAGAUGACCCGCGCUUUCGAGCCAGGCGACCCCGUCCUUGACUUGGCGACAACCGCUAAGGAAGUGCCUCGGACUCUUGUACCUGAAGACGAGCAUUGGGUCCAACGCCCGGAGCAGGCGCACGUGGACGCGAUCAUUGACGGCAGAGAAUCCGGCCACUACUACCUCUUUAUGGGAGAAAAGGGCACGGGGAAAAGCAGCAUGCUGAUUGAAGCCAUGCGCAAGACUGAUGGCGACGGCGUGGCCAUGUUUGAAGCGCACGCCGACACCGAAAUCGUACGGAUACGACUGGGCAAGGCGCUGGACUACGAGUUCCAUGAAGACUACAUUGGCGGCUACUUCAGUGAACGAGGUCCACGAGAGACCACCGCUCUGCUGGACAUUGAACGUGCCCUGAACAAGUUGGAAAAGGUCGCGAUGAAGCUCGCGAAGACAAGACGGAAGCCCAUUGUCCUGAUUGUGAACCAGCUGCAUCUCCUGAGGAACAACGAGGAGGGCAGGGAUCUGCUUGAGCUUUUCCAACAGCGCGCAGAACAAUGGGCCGCGGCCAAUCUCGUCACCAUGGUAUUCAACACCGAUGACUACUGGGUUUACGAGCGGCUGAAGCUCCUGGCAACGCGCAUGGAGGUUCUCGCCGUGACGGAUCUGCCCAAGUCACAGGCGAUCAACGCCUUGAAAAAGUACCGCAUGCGCUACUUCCACGAGAUUCCGAACCACAAGGAGCUCGAGGAUGUAUACGAUCGGAUCGGUGGCCGCUUGAGUUUUUUGAACCGCGUGGCCAAGAGCCGGGAUAUGAUUCGCACAUGCGAUCAGAUCAAAGAGACGGAGAAGAAAUGGUUCCUUAACCAGUGCUGGAUUCUUGGUUCCGAGAUGGAUGACGAUGUGAUGGAUCAGCAGAAGUGGGCGGCGGCUGCCAUGACUCUAGCACUCGCUCUUGUGGACAAGGAGGAAGAAAAGGCCGAGACCUACGAUCCAGUUGUCGGUCACCUCCUGCCAACAUUUCCUUUCCAUAUCGCUCAGGAGAUCAUGACUCGAGCCGACUUUAUCCGCGAUCUCGACAGUCUCAAUCUCUUCACCGUCACCAGCCAGGCGGAUGUCCGUGCCAGCAGCGUCCCGAUGCAUCUCGCUUUCAAGGAGAUAUGCGCCGAGCCUCGGUUCCGAAAGCACUUGGAGGACACCAUCCAGAGAAUCGCUGAUAUCGAGAGCUUGGGCCGUACCCGAGAGCUUGUUGCCAAGGAUCUGGUCCUUGGCGGUCAAUAUGAUAUCGAGACGAGCCGCAAGGGCAUUACGGUUAGACUGAAGCAGCCAGAGGAAAAGGACGAUUAA